UUUCCAAUAGAAGCUCGUACAAGUUCUUGUCUCGCUAGUCUGGGUUUGCAAUUAAGUCUAAAAUGUCAUCGACUACUGCCGUAAAGGUAGAUGGCAUCGAAUUUGAGCGCAGUGAUCUUUUGGGUUGCGGUGGCUUCGGUUCAGUGCAUCGUGGUAAAUUUAAAAGUCAAAGCGUAGCAGUAAAAAAAAUUAUGAAGAUAAAUGGCAAAAAUAAGGUAGUUGACAACGAGUUAAAAAUUCUGCAGCAGUUAAAUCAUCCCAAUAUUGUUAAGUUCGUCCACUACGCAAGCGAUGCCGACUUCUAUGACUUUGCCUUGGAACUGUGCGACGCGUCAUUAGAUACGGUAUUCCUAAAUGAGGACGAUCCUCGGAAAUAUAAAGGACCUGCAUUACCAAAUAAUUUCGAGGUUUUCUCUCAAAUAGCCACUGGUCUCAAACACAUUCAUUCUGAGAACCUAAUCCACCGGGACAUUAAACCGGAAAACAUUCUCAUUUCUGUGAAACAAACUAAACAAGGGAAUGACAUAACGAUCAAGUUGGCUGAUUUUGGAUUGUCACGAAAAGUGAGUGACCAACGAACAUUCACAAUGAGUGAACUCAGAGGGACUCUAGUUUGGUUUUCUCCCGAAGAGAUGGAAAUCAUGGGCAGAGACGUAAGCAUUGAAAAAACUAAAGGCUCACACAAAAGCGACGUUUACGCAGAGGGCCUCUUAUUCGGUUAUAUCCUCUUGAAAGGAAGACAUAUCUACGGUGAAAAUCAAUAUGAUAUUGUGGUGAACAUGAAGCAGAAAAAUUUAGCCAAUAUGAGUGAAAUUCACCAGACACAUUUAGCACGUAACUUAAUAGAACAAAUGCUGAACAACACACCUGAUACUAGAAUUAUAUCUGAAGAAGUUGUUAAUCAGCUUGAAGCCAUAAAUAUCAAACUUAGCGAAAAGGAAAAAAAGCUUCAUCAGCUGUCUACAUGUCCCACAACAGAUUGUAGGAAUAAAAUCGAAUCUUUAAUGCAACUCGGUGUCGACUUAAACGCAAAGGAUGACGAUGGAUGGAAUGCGCUUCAUCUUUUGUGUUCUAACGAUUCAAGCCCACAUUUAAUCCAUGCGAUUCAACUCUUCAUCGAACUCGGCAUCGACAAGGGCGCAAAGAUCAACGAUGGAUCGAAUGCGCUUCAUCUUUUGUGUUCUAACAAUUCAAGCCCACAUUUAAUCGAUGCGAUUAAACUCUUGAUUGAACUCGGCAUCGACAAAAAUGCAAAAACAAACUAUGGAUCGAAUGCGCUUCAUCUUUUGUGUUCUAACAAUUCAGGCCCACAUUUCAUCGAUGCGAUUAAACUCUUGAUCAAAUUCGGCAUCGACAAAAACGCAAAAACCAACGAUGGAUGGAAUGCGCUUCAUCUUUCGUGUGAAUACAGUUCAAGCCCACACAUAAUCGAUGCGAUUAAACUUUUGAUUGAGCUCGGUAUUGACAAAAACGCAAAAACCUUCUUUGGAUGGAAUGCAUACGAUCUGAGUCGGCGCAAUAAAAAUCUUACAAACUACAACCUGUACGAAAUCUUUAAAAUCGGAUGAGGUGAAUUUUCGUAGAUAUUAUUUAUGGUAUUUACAUGGAUGUCAAGGUUGUUUGGAAAGUCACAAAACGCGCUACGUUGCAAUAAAUGAUAUUCUCGGCAAAAUAUAGCUAACUACAUAAAUUGAUCAAUCGCAAAGAGUAUUCAUUUCGAACUGUAAUGUC